CACACACACAGCAGUCAUUCAAUGCAAAUAUUGCGUAGUCACUAUUUAUUCACAGUUUUAUAAUUCGGUGUUAUUUUGUGCAAACUAGUCAUUUGACUAGGAUAUUUGUUUAGUUGUCUGUAACCUAUAUAUAGAUUUGUGAUAAUUUACGACAUGAUCACAAACCCCGGAAGUGGCUUGCAGACAAACUUGGAAAGAUGAAUACAACGUAAUUUAGUACAGUGAAUAUCUCCUCCGCUCCUCACUGAACCGAAAUGACAACCUUUAAGCUUGGGUCUUCUAAGCCUGUUCUUCAUAUUGUAGUUAUAGGCUUUCAUCACAAGAAAGGGUGCCAGGUUGACUAUGCCUUCCCUCCUCUGAUACCUGGUGGUGCGGUGCAUAGUUCUGAGGCCCCUCCUGAGUGGAAGCACCUUCCAUCACUUGCCAUACCUGAUGGUGCUCACAACUACACUAAAGACAGCAUAUAUUUCCACCUUCCCGGAAAAGAUGGCAGUGACAAAACUGUGUAUGGAGUGGCAUGCUAUCGCCAGAUUGAUACAAAGGACUUGAAGAUCAAGACCGAUGAUAUAACCCGAAGUACUGUGCAAAAAAGUGUCUGUGUACUCAGCAACCUGCCACUGUAUGGACUGAUCGAGGCAAAAUUGGAGCUGAUCACCCACGCAUACUUCCAGGAACUAGAUUUUAGCCAGGUGUCCCUUCUAGAGGAAACCUAUAACAACCUGAAUGCCUCCCUUACAGAGUCACUGCUAGAUGGGGGCUCACAGGUAUACCUGGGUAUGGAUGUGAAGGAGUUGGUGCAGAUGUUCAGACACAAGGUCGUCAUGCUCUUCAAACUUGUGCUGCUCGAGAGAAGGGUGCUGGUUACCGGAGCCCCUGUAGAGAGACUCGGCAACACACUCAUGUCUCUACUCUCACUCUUCCCAGGCAUGAUAGAACAUGGUCUUGACGAGAGCACGAGCUACGGGAAACAUAAAAGUGUCAGCCCAACUAUGAAGAAUGUAGGGCUGGCAGAAGAUUCUGACGACUUCCUCGAGAUCAGGUAUAGUGGCGAUAAGUCUCCAGAGCUGUCCGUCAUAUCUGGGGGAGAUACAUUUCCAGCUGUGGAGCCUUCCUCCCCUACCAUGGAUCGUGGACUAGAUCGGCCCAAUUUUACAUUGAAAGAUAAUCACUCAAAGGAAUCACUCACAUCUUUAAACCAUUCUAGUCUCACAAAUAACAAUUCCAAGGUCGCAAAUACAAACAAUUCAGACUUAAAAAUUCAUAAGGCUGUGAAAAGGAGAAAUAGUAGUGAACCUUCAGUAAGUAACUCUGAACUUGGCGAGACGUUGGACUAUGUGGAUGAUUACUAUACAUCGGAUGCAAAACAAAGGGCUGAUACACAAUUUGACAAAAUAGGAACUGAGCAUGCAAAUGCAAGUGAUAUAAAUGAAAGUUAUUCCGGUGAUCACCAGAGGAUUGUACUAGCGGAGGACAGCAAUUUACUGACCGGGGUCACUUCAUAUGAGGCAGUACAGAAGGGUAAAAGCAUUCCAAAAAAGGGUUCUGUGAUAAAUAUAGAGGAAUACUCACUCGAGAUUGCGGAAAACCAUUUUGGCAGCCUGCCAAAGGAAAUCCUUGGUCAAGGUCAAGAUGGCAAAGAGGAUGUUUCAAGCUCAUUAAAGCAAAGGUCACAAACAGAAGAAAGUGUUGAAGAUUUGGAUUCUCCAGAGAGCAUCAGCAAGAUUGAUCAAGAAGAUUGUUUCUCGUGGGAAGAUGAUAACCUAUCUCUCGCCAUUAACACUGACAAAGGGAGUCUAAGCCUGGAUGAGAGUGCAGGACUGGCUAGCUCAUUUAAGGAUAUGCCAACUCUUCAGCGAAACUUGUCUGAAGGAUCACAGGGCAGUGGGAAUGGUAGCUCUGCUCUGGACAGGACAAACUCUACAGGGUCCCAGAAUGAGGGGAAAGAAGUUGAAGAGCACAGAGAGGGGCAAGACCAGGUGGGGGAGGGGCUUAGUCCAGGCGUAAAAGCAGCUGCCAUUAAAAGUCGUCUUACAAAUGCACUGAGUGGCCUAAGUUUAAAGCAGCGACUGUCCCGCAGUAAACCUGGAUCAAGGGAGACAAGCGAGCCCCCAUCUCCAGUCAGCAGUGAGUUACCUCCCCUGUCACAACUACACCAAGAUGAUAUGGGUUUUCCCCUCGCUGUCUUUACAAAGGGUUGUGUAUGCUACCCAUACCUAUCCCUACAGUAUUUUGAUCUGUUGAGUGACGUGAACAUACGUGGCUUUCUUAUUGGAGCCACUAACAUGCUGUUCAGGCAGAAACGACAUCUUACAGACGUCAUUAUUGAUGUUACAGACAACAAGAUUGAGAUGCAUGAUCGUGAGUUACAGCGCCACCUUGUGUUGACCACAGCAGACCUCAGGUUUGCUGACAUUCUGGUGAAGGCUGUUACAGGCUCCGGGGAUGAUGGAUACUUUGAGGGCACGGAGUGGGAAGGGAAUGAUGAGUGGUUGAGGGCCCAGUUCCGACUCUACCUUGAGGCACUGAUUGCUACCAUCAACACUGAUGAUGCUAAGCUGUUGGAGGAUUUUGGUGGGUCGUUUGUGCAAUGCUGGAAGACAACACAUAACUACCGGGUGUUGGCUAGCACAGAGAGACCCGGGCUAACUGGGGAACAGGCAGGGCAUCCAUGUCAAGGCAACCUUAGUAUGGCUGAUAUUAAAGUUCGGCUUGCACAUACCAUGCAUAAUACGGAGGGUGGCAAGAAGAUUAAUGCUGCCGUGUCCCAGACAGGAAAAUAUGUCGUACAGACGGGAAAGGCUGUUGGUGGGGCAUUAACACAGGCCAAAUCCUCCCUGUCCUCCUGGUUUUCGACAUGGAAGACCAGCAACAAUAUAUAACUAGUGGCAUUCAUAGAUGCAAGGGGGGGCAUUAUGAUAUCUUUAUAUUAAAGUAAAUGGCUAAUACUUAGAUUCAUUGCUGAUGUCAAAUUUUGUAAUAAAUAUUACUGAGUGUCCAUUUAUUGGUCAUUGAACAUUUAUAUAUGUAUGGUACAAUCAUGCUUUGUUAGUUAAUUGAAAAAAGGUUUUUUUGUCUGUUUUCUCGUAGAUUUAUUUAAAUAGAGUUAAGUUUAUUAAUCAUUUUAAUGGCUUAUUCAUUAUACAUGUAUGUUUGUGACAUAUCCAUUUGCUUGUUGGUGUUUUUCAAAUAUGAUAUUACUUCUAUCUUUUGUCAUAAUUGUUUGUGCAAUAUCAUGUGUCAUUCCUGACUUUGUUUAGUAAUUAUUACUGUAUGUGAAAUAAAUGAGAAAUAACUU